GGGAGGAGUCACACGCAAAAGGCUGAGGGGAACCCCCGGGGAGGAGUCACGCGCAAAAAAGCAUCAAUAACGAUGGCGGCAUCGAAAACUAGGCGGUUUGUUUGGACCCAAGAAUUGGAAGAAAGUUUGGUUGAACUUUGGCAGGAGCACCAAUGCCUUUUUGAUGUUUCCGACGACCUGUACCACAACCGAGCCGAGAAAGAGAAGAGGUGGACAGAAAUAGCCAAUUCUCUUCAACGGCCAGUUGUGGAGGUUAAGACCAGGGCAGUGUCCCUGCGAACACAGUACUCAAGGUUGAUAAAACCGAAACCGAGUGGCAAUCAGAACAAACCUUUGACAUGGAGGCAAAAGUGGCUUCUCAGGGUCAUGGAUUUCAUAAAGCAAUACAUUGUUCACCGUCCAUGUGAGAGCGCUCUUGAUGUGUCAUUCAGUGAUCUGGACGACACGGAACAUCAGGAUAAUCUUACCGAUUUACUCGGACAAUCUGCAGUCAAGAGUCCGCAGUCGAGACCUGGCACACCAUCAGCCGGUCCUGCCUCCCCCCCUGAAUGGUUGAAUAAAGAAGCUUCCCCAGCAGCAGCUGAUGAAGCUCCUUCACCUGUCCCAUCAACUUCCAGCAGGGAGGUGCAAGAGGAGUCAAGUGCAAGGGGAGUCAAGCGCAAGAGGAGGUCAGAAUCUGAUAUAGAGCAGCAGAAGCUUUUCGUUGUAAAGCAAAUGGCAGCAAAAUUUGAUGCUGAUCCAAUUCCUGAUGCAUUGACUACAUUUGGAAACUAUGUAGCAUGUGAAUUAAGGCAACUGCAAGACCCAGCAAAUCUGACCAAAAUAAAAAGGGACAUCAUUAAUAUGAUAUAUGAUGCUCAGGAUGCUGAAAGGAGUAGCUUGUCCUCCUCAUCGGCACAAUUUCAUUACAGGAUACAAAAAAGUGAAAAAGAGUGAAGAAAUACCCUGGUUUCAUUCUGUGAAAUUGUUUACACUAGUUUUCAUAUUUCAUUGCUUGUGAGAGACACUACCAAAAUGUUUCUGAUACAAAUUGACAAAAUUUGCUUCGUGAUAUCCUGGAGGGGAAAGGGGAAUGGGUGCUCAGCAGAAUCUCGCCUAGGGCACCUGAACGUCCAAGGCUAGCCAUACACUGAUCUAGAGACGUCAUUAGGAAAGAAAAGUGGGCUAUGUGAAAAGAAGCACUCCAGUGUACCCGGCAAAUGGCAAACACAGCAUCAUUUAAUUUCAAAAACAUAUGUAUCCCAGAUACGCUCUAAAGCAGAGGUCAGGCGGACCUGGGUCCGGACCCAGAAGCUGUCCUAUACAGACCCAGACUGAUAGCCAAAACAGAAAGUUAUUAUUUAAAACCUGAUGGGGUGCUUCUAUUUUAACCGGCGCAGCUUUUGGAGGAUUUUUGUUACUGGUAUAGCACUAGAACCACCAUUUCCCAUGCCAAUGAACGUCAAACGCCUCUGACCACUAAGCAAGACGUAGUUCGGCGUAUGCAGCCCUUUGUUUGUGCUAAUGUGCCAUUAGUGUUAUCCCUUGUGUGGUAUUCAGGUGGGAGACACCCAUUUUCAAUGUUUACUAAAGAAAGACAACUUUAUUUCCCGACCUGAGAUUAAGGGACAACUUUUUCCAUGUAUAUAUUGUACAUGUAUGAAACAUACUUUUUUUUCCACCUGAGUUGAUUUGUAUAAAAAAAAUACUUUAUACACUUGCUAAACAGCAGAAACCUGAAAUCCCCAGUAAACUGUAUCUAUUUAUCCAACCUUUAAUAAAACAAACUGCAUUUGAA